AAAAGAGCUUAAUAAGCUCUGCAUGUCCAUCUCUCUUCUCUCUCUCUCUCACGCCAUCUCCGUCUUCUUCUUCCUUGUUCCAGAUUCAAUCUCUUACCAGAACGAAGCUCACCGUCCAUCGGAAACCCUAACCUCCACCCGGUGCGAGCUCGAUUUCUCUCCAUUCUGGUGAUUGCUCCAUGAGCGGUUCUCCAUUGCCGCAAUUCGGCGCCAACCAGAGAGAGAGCGGAGAGAAGGUUGGGGAGAGGAUAGAUUAGAGGGAGGGAGGGGAAGGAGGAGGGAAAGCUGGGGGCUUUGUGUUGUUUCUCUUUUCUCUCUCUGCAGAUAUGCCCAGUGUAGCUGUGAAGCUCUACAGCGUCUUCUUCAAGCUCCUCCUCAAGCACCGCCUGCAGAAUCGGAUCCAGGCCACGGCCGACGAUUCUGGCCACUUCGGUGUCACCUCCCGCCCCGAGGAGUCGGUAGCCGCGGCGAACGCUUCAUUCACGGACGGCGUUGCCACCAAGGACAUCCACAUCGACCCAUUCACCUCCCUCUCCGUCCGGAUCUUCCUCCCCGAGUCCGCCCUCAAACCCCCCGACGCCGAUUCCAGGCCCCAGCCCAAGCCCCGCGUCAGGCAGAACCACCCCCAGCCCACCAAGUCCCCUGAUCACGAUGCUGCUUCUCGCCGCCACAGCUAUAAUACCCCCAAUGCCAAGCCUAGCCUAGAUCCUGACCGCGGCAGCCUCUCCCGUCGCAAUAGCUACGGAUCCUCCCAGCAUGCAAAUGGCAAUCACCCCGUCGGGUUCAGUAGUGAUGCCGAGAGCUUGAACUUGAGGGCGUCGAAUGGCGGUAAUGUGGCGUACAGAGGGUACUCGCCUUUGGUAAUGAACGCCAAGAAGCUUCCCGUGAUACUGCAGUUUCACGGCGGAGGGUGGGUCAGUGGGUCGAAUGACUCCGUGGCGAAUGAUGUAUUCUGCCGGAGAAUGACCAAAUUGUUGGAUGUGAUUGUCGUGGCAGUGGGUUACAGGCUCGCACCGGAGAAUCGGUACCCUGCGGCAUUUGAGGAUGGGCUACAGGUGUUGAAUUGGUUAGCAAAGCAGGCAAAUUUGGCAGAGUGCAGUAAAUCUAUGGGCAGCUCCAAAGUCGGCGGGGCAGAAUUUAAGAAAUCGCACAUUGUGGAUGCUUUCGGAGCCUCCAUGGUUGAGCCGUGGCUUGGUGCUCACGGAGAUCUGUCCAGAUGUGUUCUUCUGGGUGUGAGUUGCGGAGCUAAUAUUGCAGACUAUGUGGCAAGGAAAGCCGUGGAGGCGGGUAAGCUACUGGACCCUGUCAAGGUGGUCGCUCAGGUCUUGAUGUACCCGUUUUUCAUGGGAAGUGUCCCCACCCACUCUGAAAUAAGACUGGCCAACUCCUACUUCUUUGACAAGGCUAUGUGCCUGCUCCUGUGGGAGCUCUUCCUGCCGAAGGAAGAAUUCAGCCUCGACCACCCUGCAGCGAACCCGCUUGUACCUGGGCGUGGGGGCCCUCCUCUAAAACUCAUGCCUCCAACGCUCACUGUGGUGGCAGAACACGAUUGGAUGAGAGACCGAGCAAUCGCUUACUCAGAGGAGCUCCGUAAGGUGAAUGUUGACGCACCAGUUUACGACUACAAAGAUGCGGUCCAUGAAUUUGCUACCCUCGACAUGCUUCUCAAGACCCCGCAAGCACAAGCAUGUGCUGAGGAUAUUGCGAUAUGGGUCAAGAAACAUAUCUCGCUGCGGGGGCACGAGUUCUCAUAUUGAGUGCCGAGAUAACUGGUUGAAGAAUGAAAGGGGGGAAGUAAACUCGCAGGUUCUCACUCACUGACAGGGUGGUUUUGUGCAGAAGAAACGAGUCAGAAUAGCAACAUCUUGCUGCCAGUGCCAGUGGGCUAGCGGGACUGCAGAGCUGCUCGGUGGAAAGGUGGAUUUCAUUACUGUUAUACUGUUAAUUUUUUGUAAGAAAAAUGUUGAGGUCUGGGACUAGGAUAGGAUUAGUGUGAGUUCGAGCAUGAGCGAGAAAGCCAGAGAGAGAGAGUGAGAGUGCAUUUUGCCUCCUUGUUUCGGUAUAGCAUCGCCCGGAAUAUGCGAACAUCUUGGGAAAAAAAAAAUCAUGUGGAUUAAUGUACAAUUAAUACAGUUCAUGCGGAAACCGAAUCUGUUCCUUCCUACCCAGGAAAAAGAAAAUGGAACAAUGAUAUUUGAGAAUUUGCUAUGGUUAGUGAUUUGAUUUGAUUGUAACUA